UCCCCCUUUUCUUUUGUUUAAUAUAACAGUACGGCGCAUGAUUGGCAGGGAAGUGCCCGUUUUGAGACAGGGCUUCGGCAGGUCCCCGGAGGGGGAUGGCACGGGGGCCGCCCCUGCUCUUCCGAGGGGGCUCUCGUAAAAAAGGCGCUCUCUGCCCGCCCGCCCGCCCUCCCCCGGCUCGCUCUCCGCUCCCGUUCCCCCCUUCUUUCCUCCCUGUCUCUAAUUUUCUUGACAACUAGAGGAGGCAGCAGGAAUAUUGUACCUUGUGCGACUGGAAUAUUGGAAGUCAGAUGUGCGAAAGUGGCUUUUGAACAGCGAGAGUGGAGCAUAUUAAGGAUGGACAGAAUGACAGAAGAUGCUUUGCGCCUGAACCUCUUAAAACGGAGCUUGGACCAAGCGGAUGACCGGGACGAUGUCCUGGCAAAAAGGCUAAAAAUGGAAGGACAUGAGGCGAUGGAGCGCCUGAAGAUGCUGGCACUGCUGAAGAGGAAAGACCUCUCAGGCAUCGAGGUGCCCCACGAGCUCCCAGUAAAACAGGAUGGUGUGAAAGUCUAUGAAGAAAAGCUGAAUGGGAGCCUUAGGCCCCAUGGGGAUGGCAGGACUGCAGGGAGGCCAGGGAAGGAAAACAUUAACGAUGAGCCGGUGGAUAUGAGCGCAAGGAGAAGUGACCAGGACAGGGGUCGAUUAACCCCUUCGCCAGAUAUAAUUGUCCUCUCCGAUAAUGAGGCAUCCAGUCCCCGUUCCAGCUCUCGUAUGGAAGAAAGACUUAAGGCAGCAAAUCUUGAAAUGUUUAAGGGUAAAAGCAUAGAGGAGCGACAGCAGCUUAUCAAACAGCUUCGGGAUGAGCUACGACUGGAGGAGGCCAGGCUUGUGUUGCUGAAGAAACUGAGGCAAAGUCAGCUGCAGAAGGAGAAUGUGGUGCAGAAGACUCCUGUUGUCCAGAAUGCGGCGUCUAUUGUCCAGCCAUCUCCUGCUCAUGUGGGACAGCAGGGACUGUCCAAGCUUCCCUCCAGGCCCGGAGCUCAGGGGGUUGAGCCUCAGAACUUAAGGACAUUACAGGGUCACAGUGUCAUUAGGUCUGCCACAAAUACGACUCUGCCCCAUAUGCUUAUGUCGCAGCGUGUGAUUGCUCCAAACCCUGCCCAGUUACAAGGGCAGCGUGUUCCUCCUAAACCUGGCCUCAUCCGCACUACAACUCCAAGCAUGAAUCCAGCCAUCAACUACCAACCGCAAUCAAGUUCUUCUGUUCCUUGCCAGCGUACGUCGUCUUCAGCCAUCUAUAUGAAUCUUGCCUCUCACAUCCAGCCUGGCACUGUGAACAGGGUGUCGUCUCCGCUCCCCAGCCCCAGUGCUCUGAACGAUGCCGCCAAUUCCCAGGCAGCUGCCAAGCUUGCCCUGCGCAAGCAGCUGGAAAAGACGCUGCUGGAGAUACCACCCCCAAAGCCGCCCGCGCCCCUGCUUCACUUCCUGCCCAGCGCGGCCAACAGCGAGUUCAUCUACAUGGUGGGGCUGGAGGAGGUGGUGCAAAGUGUUAUCGACAGCCAAGGGAAAAGCUGCGCAUCCCUCCUGCGUGUGGAGCCCUUCGUCUGUGCUCAGUGCCGCACCGACUUCACCCCUCACUGGAAGCAGGAGAAAAACGGGAAGAUCCUGUGUGAGCAAUGCAUGACUUCCAAUCAGAAGAAGGCACUGAAGGCAGAGCACACCAACCGGCUGAAGAACGCCUUUGUGAAGGCUUUGCAGCAGGAGCAGGAAAUCGAGCAGAGGCUACAGCAGCAGGCAGCCUUGUCUCCCACUGCAGCUCCCGCCGUCUCCAGUGUCAGCAAACAAGAGAACAUCAUGAGGCACCACACGCUCCGGCAGGCUCCGCAGCCCCAGAGUACUCUGCAGCGUGGCAUCCCCACCUCUGCCCGCUCGAUGCUUUCCAACUUUGCUCAGGCACCUCAGCUGUCUGUGGCAGGCGGUCUCCUUGGUAUGCCAGGUGUUAACAUUGCAUACCUGAACGCCGGGAUCGGAGGCCACAAAGCAUCGAGUUUGGCGGACCGGCAGCGGGAAUACCUUUUAGAUAUGAUCCCCCCCCGGUCUAUAUCGCAGUCCAUCAGCGGACAGAAAUAACGCCUGUUGACCGUUCCCCUUCCUCCCCACUUCCGUCGCAUGCAGUGCCUGUACUGGUGCCUACCGUACACGGGGAAAAAGACAAAAAAAAAGAAACAAAAAACACAAAAAAACAAACAAAAAAAACCCAUUUCAAACCUUCAGCGACCUGUCCUUUUCCAAACCUUAACUUCUUUGGUUUUCUAUAGCAGUGAGAGGUCACUUCCUUUGCCCGAGGUCAGAACAAUGUCUGCUUGAAAUCAGCACUAUACAUGUGUUAAAGCUUGUUUUAUGCUAUUUUUUGUAAUGACAAAGCAUAGAAUUUUUAAUUGUGUUGUGUUUUGUUUUUGUUUUUUUUUUCCUUUGCUAAAUGGACGGUUAAACAUUUUUUUCCUUUCCAGAGACUUGUAAGGGCAUCCACUCUACAUAAAGUGACCAUUUUUUAAAGGGCAGCCUGUGCUGACUCGCAGGGAAACGGGGGCAAAGAGAUGCCGUGGGCCGGAGCCUGGACCGCCGUCCUCUGCCGCGGGUAGGGCGCUCUCUUUCCUUUGCUCGGCAGGAGCAGGAGACGCUCUACGUCUGGCGUCUCGGCUCGUGCGUGCCGCCCCGCGCCGGUGGUGGACGGCGCCGGGAGCCCCGCCAGCUCCGCCGAUGCGGUGGGACCGGCCGAGCUGGGGCUCCCGCGCGGCCCCGAGAGCCGCCGGCGGGCGCGUGUCGGUCUGACGUGGCGGCACUUCUCGGCGCUCGCAAGCGGAAGACCUAGAGCAGACUGUGAUCGGCCGCGGGGCACGGCGGCCCCGGGCCGCGGCGAGCCCCCUCCUCUCCCCGCCGCGCUGCCGCUCGCUCCGGAGCAGCGCUCGGUCGGAGCUGCCUCCCGCGGCCCCCGGGCAGGAGCUGGGGUCCCAACGGCGGCAGCGACCCCAGAGUGAGAACAAGCGGCAAGAGGCGGCUGAGAAAUGCUCGAUUUGCACUUAACCUUCACACUAACAGGCCCUCCCCUCCUCUUCCUCCUCGCGCCCUCCUCUUCCUCCCUGGAGAACUUUGCAGAGCAGAAACCCCGAGGGCCCGGCGGAGCGGCGGCUCCCCUCGCCCCCGGCCCGCGGGUGCGGAGCAGAGCGAGCGCGUCGCGAUUUGCUGCUUCCGAGGAACCGACCCCUGCAAGUGGCUGGAAGGAGUUUCCUGAGAGUUUGGUGGUGUUUUUUUUCUUUUUUUUUUUUCCUGUUGUUUAAAAAAAAAAAAAUUUACUUGUGCAAUUUUAAGUGCUAAGUCACCCGUGUGGAGUUGCUUCUAUUGGGGGGCCCAGGAGCAUUGGCCCCGGCUGCAGUAGCCGAAAUCUCGCAGCCCGGCGCGGGGGCCCCGGUGGUGGCCGCUCCCCCCUCCCGGCGCCCCCCCCCUUGCUUCAGUGAGCACUUAGGCCCCGGGGGGGGGGGGGGGCUGCCCCCUCCCUCCCUGCCUGGGGCCCUCCAGAGGCAAAAGGAUUUUUUUUUUUAAUUUUGGAAACUAGUGAAGCGUAGUGGCGUAUAUAUAUAUACAUAUAUAUAUAUUUUUUGUGUUUUUGUUUUAAUCUCGUGUAGCUGGCGCGGCUCCCCUCUUCCGCGCCCUCCAGGACAUUGCGAUCCUUCUAAAAUCUCUGUAUCUCCUUCGAUUGCCCCGUCGCCCUUUGACGGAGCACUUGGACUCAUUGCUUCUUCUCCUUGGAUAAACCUGAGAAGGGUUUUUUUGUUGUUGUUGUUUUUUAUCAGCUUGUCCUUCAUCUCCCCGCUCUCCCCCCGAAAGUGGCUCCGCUGCCGCGGCCCCCCCGCCCUCUCCCCCCUCAUUCAAGUGCCAUUUCUCCCCCAGUCAGGUGUUGCCGAGAGGUACGAGGUGACCCGGGCGCGUUGGUUGAGAUUAAAGUCUAAAAAACAAAACAGAAACAAAAAAAAAGUGCAAUACUUAAGGAUGAGUCUCUGCCGCCGGGGCCGGCGCACGCGGCGAGCGGUCGGAGGAGUCGGUGACUCCAUGGUGCUACGCGAAUCGCCCCGGGGAGGGAGCGGAGCCCCUUCCUGCCCCUCGCUCCCGGCCCCCGGUGCCCCCCGGCCCCCCACACCCCGCGCCCGGGGGAGCCCCCCGGCAUCGGCGGCGUUCCCAUGCCGGCGUUCCCGCGCCGGGCCGGGCGCAGCGGGGUCCCUGGGGCGGCCGUUCCCCCCUCCCCGUCCUGCCCGGGGGAGCCGAGGUCCUCGCCGUGUCUGUGAUCUGCACAGGUUACUUUUCUUCUUUUUUUCCCUUUUUUUUGUCCUGACCACAGCGCGUGAACACCCUCCUCCCCCGCGUAGAGUGUCCCCCCUACAGAUGUGAUAUAUGGUAGAGUUUUUUUUUUUUUAAUACAAAAAUAAGGAAAUUUUUUCCUGCUUUUGUUAGCUUUUCUUUUACAGCUAGUUGUAGAUCCGCUUGUGAAAAUGCUUAUUGGGUUUUUGUUUUUUUUCUCUUUUUUUUUUUGUUCCUCCAACGGCAUAACCUGCCCCUUCCUGCCUCUUCUCUAACCUCCCCGUCAUCUCCCCCACCCCGACGAGAUCUUAAUUAGCUUAUGAUAUUGCUGCCGAAAUGUUAUAACAAGGACUCAUUCGUGUAUAUAAGCUAUUUCUUGACACAUUAAAAAAAAAAUUGUACAUUGUGUAGAAAACGAGAAGAAAAAAAAACGAAAAAAAAAAAGCAGAACAGCCUAGCCAUGGAUAUUGUGGAAGUUGUUACGUCCUUUUCGUAGUGUGGCCUCUUGUGUAUGACAUGAACCGUGCAAAAGGGUGGUUUCCGGCGGCUCGGGCGGGUGGGGAGCAGAGCGGGCGGCUGCGGCGGGCCGCGGGCCCCCCCGCCGCGGCAAUGCACUGGUGGCGGCGGCCACCUCCCAAAUCUGUGCCUUUCACACACCCCCGACGGGGACCCCAGGCGCCGCCAGCGCCCCGGCCGGGCCGAGCCGAGCGGAGGCGGGACGGGCCCCCCCGCGCCGGGGGGCCGCAGCGCCGGGGAGCGGGGCCGGGGGGGGCGAGUAUUAUAAACUGUAACUGUAUUUGCACUGUUUUUAUUAUUGCAUUGGCAUAUAUACAAUAUACAUCUAUAACAACCUGCGGUGUGCGGCCUCCUUCAUGUUCCCCCAUGCACGCAGAGGUUCCCCCCCGAGCUCCUCGCCGCCGGGGGGGCGAGCGCCAGGCGGCCCCACGGGGUCCCGGCCCCCCCCGGGCGCCAGCUCCUGGCCCCCCUCCCCGCUGGGGCAGAGGGGUCGUUUUGGGGCGGCGGGGCCGGGUUUGCACCGGGACGGGGCCCCUCGUCCCGCGGCCGGGCGCUGCCCCCUCCCCGCCGCCCGCACGAGUCGCUAAGGAGGAUUUUGGGUGCUGGGGGGGCGGUGGGGCCCUGGCCCUUGCGAUGGCCCCCUGCGAGGGUCGAUCCCCCCCGAGUGGCACCCAAAUCGCUGCCGCCCUCGGCACCGUCCUGCCCUCGUCCCGCUCUGCCGGGGCUUCGGCGGCGGCACAACCCGGCGUCCCUGCGGCGGGAGGGGGACGGUCACCGGCCACGAGUGUCCCGCGAGGGGCCCAGCCGCCUGCAGCCGCGCUAACCGGGGAGGGGGGGGGGCCCGGGAAACCAGGCCUUUUGCACAACUUAAAGGUUUCUUUUUUUUUUGUUUGUUUGGUUUCUUUUUUUUUUUUUUUGCAUUGUGUUUGAAAUCUGGUUCAAAAAGGAAAAAACAAAAAAAAGCUGUUUAAAUACUGCCAACUGAUUAUGCAGUGACUGAUUAAAAAUAAUAAGCUAAUUUUUGGAGAAAGGAUUAAAAAAAAACUUUGUAAUAUUUAUCACUUGCAAGCUAUGUUUAAUAAAGAAAGGAAUGAUUUAUAACUUUU